AUGAAGAAUAAGAUUUCAGAUUCCUGCCGCUGGUCGGAGCUAGCUCCCGAUGGACAUCUGGAGAAAACUGUUGGAACUUAUCUUUAUCUCCUCGUCGUCGCAGCCGUAUUUCUUGUCACAAACUUGUCCGUCGAUCCUUUAGUCUACUACCAUUACUGCUGGGAACCAAAGUACUCUCCCGGAACACGGCAACCAAAGUACUUUUCCGCAUCGUGUUCCGAGUCAAACGUAAACUCGCUACUCAACUUGUUCGUAAAAUCAGCCGCUUUCUACACAUACAACAAUUUCACCGUCAACGGACUCUACGGAUUGUACCAGUGCAGCGGCGGUGAUGAUAUCUCCUCCGGUGAUUGCCUUAGCUGCGUCGAUCAAGCUGUUCGCCGGCUCCAAAGUCACAGCGUAGGCGCGUGCAACUGCGCGUUGCAGCUCGAAAGCUGUUUAGUGAAGUACGACAACGUUAUGUUCUUCGGCUUGCCGGAUAAGACGGCGAUGUUAACAUAUUGCGGCGGGAGAUCGUAUAACUUGGACGAGUCGACUCUGAUCAACGAGCUGGUGUCUUCUUUAGUGGUUGGAAGUAGCGGUUCAUCCUACAGAACGGGAACGUCAGGGGAAGCGCAAGCUGUAGCGCAGUGCACCAAAGAUCUCAAUGAGAGCGAUUGUCAAGACUGUUUGACAGAAGCCAUGCAACGGCUGAAACGUAUGCCAAUUUGCAGUACAGGCACUUGGGGUGACGUGUACUUAGCCAAGUGCUACUUGGGUUACUCGUCGCGUGGCGCCACCGGCCAAGAGAUGAAGAAAUCGGUAGCAGCUAAGCCAAAGCAACCGGUGAUCCCACGUUUAGACAUUACCAGGGCGGCGGAUUGA